AUGGAAAAGUAUCAGAUUCUGUACAAGCUGGAGCCUGGUGCCUUGGGGAUGAACAUGGUGGUGGAAGAAAUGGCCACCAGAGGAAAGCGUGUGAUAAAAAAAGUGGGGUGCAUGGAUGAGCAUCAUGCAAACGAGGCCCUGGAGGAGCUGAUGCCACUGCUGAAGCUCCAGCAUGCCCACAUCUCUAUCUACCAGGAGAUGUUCAUCACAUGGGACAGCCAGAACUACUGCAUCUUCCUCUGUCUGGUGAUGGAGUACCACAAGGAAACCUUCCAGAAGAUCAUUGAGAAGAAGAGGAAGGCGAGGAAGACCUUUGACUCUGAGUGGUUGCAGAAUAUGCUGGGCCAAAUACUAGAUGCACUGGAAUACCUGCAUCGGUUGGACAUCCUGCACAGGAACCUCAAACCCUCCAAUAUCAUCCUGAUCAGCAACAACCACUGCAAACUGCAGGAUCUGAGCUCCAAAGCACUCAUGACAGAUGAAGCCAAAUGGAAUAUCCGGGCAGAGGAAGACCCCUUCCAGAAGUCCUGGAUGGCCCCUGAAGCCCUCAACUUCUCCUUCAGCCAAAAAUCUGACAUCUGGUCCCUGGGCUGCAUCCUUCUUGACAUGGCCAGCUGUUCCUUUGUAGAGCACACAGAAGCCAUGCUUCUGCGGAAGUCUCUCCGAAAGCUUCCAAACAGCCUGCAGGACGUGCUGAGAAAGAUCAAGGACAAGAAGGUUCCUGACGCAGACACACUGGUUUUCCUUCUGCCAAUGAUGCUCCAGGUCAAACCAGAGGAACGGAUCACAGUGAGGGAGGUGAUCCACUUUGCCUUUGUGAUCAAGAGGUUCAAGUCUUCGAGCGUGGCACUGACGCUGCACAGGCAGGUGGUCCCUUCGCUCAUCGCCGACAUGCUAUUAGGAGGCAACGUCGCAAGUAUCUUAGAUGUCAUGCAGAACUUCUCCAGCCAGCCUGAAAUCCAGCUCAAGGCCAUCAGGAGGCUUCUAAUAAUGUCUGAUGAUGAGCUAGGUGUGCCGUGGCCAAUGGAACUGGUGGAGCUGGUGCUCAAGAUUAUGAAGCAGCAUGAUUGGAUCCUGGACAUGCAGCUGUCUGGAUGCUCCCUGCUGCUGCGACUCCUUGGCCAAGCACUGGCACAGGACCCAGAUGCCGAGGCACCAUGCAACAAUGCUGUGAUCGCCACCCUGCUGGGCAUCAUGCAGUGCCACCCCAACUCAGAGGAGCUCAUCAUCACAGUCUACAGCCUGCUCACCAUUGUCUCAAGCCAGGAAACGACUGCAAGGGAGCUGCAGAAGGCUGAGCUGUUUGAGCACAUCCUGGAGCACCUGAACAGGUUCCUGGACAGCAGGGACAUCUGCGUCACUGGCCUAGGCUUGCUCUGGUCCCUCCUGGUGGAUGCUGUUCUUGUGGACAAGGCUCCCUUAAAGAAGGCUCCCUUGCUUGUUGCCCACGUGAUGACCACCUACUCCACGGAUGGCGAAAUGGCAGAAGCUGGCUGUGCGGUCCUCUGGCUGCUGUCAUUACUGGGCUGCAUCCAGGAGCACCAGCUGGAGCAGAUGACAGGGCUGUUCCUGCAGAGCAUCCAGCUAUGCCAGGACAGGGUCCUGCUGGUGAACAAUGCCUACCGUGGGCUAGCUAGCCUCGUCAAGAUGUCUGAGCUGGCAGCCUUCCAGGUGGUGAUGCCUUCAGAGAGUGGCAGUGGCCUCAGGUUCCUGCAUGAGACAUACCAGCUGUACAAGGAUGACCCCCAGGUGGUAGAGAGCCUAUGCAUGCUGCUGUUCCACCUCGCCUCCUAUAAGGACAUCCUGCCAGAGUUGGUGUCCAACGACAUCACAUCCCUAGUCCAGGAGAUUAAGGGACGCUUCACAUCCAGCUUGGAGCUGGUUUCCUACGCAGAGCAGGUGUUCCUACGACUGCAAGCCAUAUUGCCCAGCUUCCCAGAGAGCUGUCCAUUGGACAAUGAUGCCAAAUAG